AUGUGGAGCAAAUACACGAUGGGUAUAAUUUCUGAGGCACCCUCGAGUGAAGAAGAUCUGUCUGAUUCUGGUGACGAAUCUAACGUAUUAAAUAUUGCAUCGACACAACCUUUUGCAGAAGCAGCACCAUUAUCUUUGACUCACGCUGUCGCUUCCGGAGGUGCAGGUGAUAUUGUGAAGGUGGAAGAGAAACAUGACUCGUCUAAUAAAAGUGACACCAGGCGAAAAACGAAACAAAAACGUCGCCUACGAAAAGCUGAUACAAAUGUACUAAGUGUUCAAUUCAAUCACUUAUUGAAGCCAACUGAAAUGCAUGCUGGCGAUAUAAUUAGGUGUGAAGAAUGCAGUGUAAUUGCUUCUCAUCUGAGUAAAAUUAAACCGGCAACUGGAGAAACAGCAGAACCAUUGUGGGAAUGUGAGUUUUGCAGACACCACAACAGCACUGAUAUUGAACAAAGUGAUUUACCUAAACAAGAAGAUGUCACAUAUUUGGUUGAGCCGGCGCCUGUUGUUCACGGUGCCGAUAUGACCGGUCUGGAUAACUCAAUUGUCAUAUUUGUUAUUGAUAUUUCGGGUUCGAUGAGCUCAACAACUUCGGUUAGUGGCACAUUCCGAAUGCCAAACGCCCAUAAGCAACAACAACGUGCUGCGGAAAAUUUUGGAGGCGAGCAGAUGAUUCGUGAUCGUCACCAAUCAUAUGUCACUCGUCUCCAGGGUGUACAGAUGGCAGUUGACGCCAAUUUAGAUACGCUGAUUAAAGAGCAUCCGACAAGACGGGCGGCGCUGUUAACUUUUAAUCAUGAACUAACGUACUAUGGGGACGGAACACGAGAGCCUCUUGUAAUCCGUGGUGAUAAAUUAGAUUCAAAAGAAGAUAUAAUUCUAGAAGCUGAAGAAGAAUGUAAAAACGAAUUAAAACCGAUUCUGGAAACAAAACAACGACUCGUUGAGCGUGUUUACGAUUUGGAAGAAGGCGGUCAAACAGCUCUUGGACCUGCUGUGGUGUUCGCGCUACACUUGGCAUCAAAACGUCGUGGAUCAAAAAUUGUCAUUUGUACAGAUGGUUUGGCGAAUCGUGGUAUAGGAAAUUUGGAGGCGGCAAAUGACGAAAAAUCAGAAGGAAAUGUCAAAAAAGCAGCAAUCGACCAGGGAAAUGAGUUUUAUGGAAGUAUAACAGAUGUAGCAAGGGAUAAGGGUGUCUCUAUAUCAGUUGUCACGAUGAAAGGUACUACGUGUUUUAUCCCGCUUAUUGGUCAAAUGGCUGAUGGUAGUGGUGGUCAGGUAACAAUUGUUGAUCUGACGAAUAUUCGAGAUGAGUUUGCGUCGAUUCUCAAACAGCAAGUUAUUGCAUCAAACGUAUCAGCGACACUCAUCGUACAUCGUGGUCUGUACAUUCGAAAUCCGGCAAACAGUGAAAUAAAAUUAAACAAAAGUGAACGUGAUAUAGGGAAUGUAACGAAAGACACGGAAGUAACAUUUGAGUUUGGCAUACGAAAUAAAAAAGAAUUAAAAGAUAACUUUAACAUUGAUUUGGGCAAGUUAAAUCAAUUACCAUUUCAAUUGCAAGUGCUAUAUACAGCUGUCGAUGGUUCAAAAGCGUUGCGAGUGUUGACACAAUUGAAAGAGACAACAGAAAAACGUGAAGUAGCCGAACAAAAUGCCUUUCGCUCGGUUAUUGCAGAAAAUCAUAUUCGAUCAACAGCAAAUGAUAUGAUGGUUCUAAGUGAGGAUGAAAACGACAACGAUUAUCGAUCGAAAACAAAAUAUGCGUCAAAUGUUGUACAAAAACAACGUAUCCAAUAUAUAAAUAAACUCAAUGCUGAUGCACAAAAUAAUGAUGAUUUCAAUACAGGGUAUGUGGCUCAGUAUUUCUGAUAGGCUUUGAAAUGCAAUUGCUCUCAAGAAUUUCUACUUUAGUAGAAAUGAAAAUUAUCGUAUAAAAUCAAAAGUUUCCUUUUUACAGCUUACUGUAUAACAUUUUUUAAGGAUAUCAAUGCGACUUUGUCCUUCUCGACAAUGGUAGGAUUGCAACAGUACCCUAAAAACAAAAUAUGAUAUUCUAGCCACUAGAUAAGAUUCAACUGAUCGAAGAAUAAACAAGCUUCUAGAUAGUUGCAUGAAACGUUGAUACAUCACAUCUUAAUAAAUAGAAAAAAUCGCGUUGAGUACAUUGUAAUGUCGGGAAUUAUUUAUAGAAAAUGCUCGGCGAUUUUCAAAAAAUCCAUAUAUAAAUUCCUUGAGGAUUUUCUAGAUUCUAGAAAAUCGAAUUUACAAGAAACCUGGAAAUUCGAUCUCGAUUUUCCAGAAUUCAGGAAAUUCGAAGUCGGAUUUCUAUAAAUAAUUCCCAAGAUUCUUGAAAUUCGAAGUCGAAUUUCCAGAAUUCUGGAAAAUCG